CUGGUGACACCGAAUCCAUAGCGUUCCAGCCAGGACCCCAAAGGGGGUUCUGUGUUUUCAAAGGGAUGUUGGCUUGCAAACGCAGGAGGCGGAAAGAUGGAAGGAAAUGCUCUUGCAGAAGGCAAAUAGCUUCAUGGAAGCCUUGAAAACUUCACGCCGCUGCACGCCAUGUCCGAAAGCUCCUCAGGUCUAAACACAAGCUGCCUUCGAUUCUGUACCUCCCAUUCAUCCCCUUGCUCUGAUCUAAGUGAUACAGAAAUCCUUUUGCCAGUGCUCUCGUCAAGGAACAGAGGGAUUCUUCAACCCAGCUGUGAUUCCGGCAUUGCCUCUCCACUUCCAUCAGAUUCGUUCAAGUAUCUCACCUGGCAUGAAUUAGAAGACCAUGAUGUUCAAGGGAGUCAAAUCCGCUGCCCUCGAGUGAGAGAAGGACCUUCUGAAGAAGAGCGCUUUUUCAGAGGAGAACAUCAUACUCUGCCCACAAGAAAGCAAAUGACAGAGAAAAACAAAUGGGAGCAAAGGCUGCAGGAAAACUGGGAAAACUGUAUGAGUUUGAAUCUUUCAUAUCAAGAUUUGGGAGACCUUUACCAGGUAGAAAACUUUAAAAGGAUUCUGCGGCGAUUAAUUCGAGUGGAGAGGCUUUGGUUGGUGGACAACUCAUUGACGGAUCUAAGUGCCACAUGCUUGCCAAGAUGCAAAGAACUGAAACUCAGCAGAAAUCAUUUCACAUCCUUCAAACAGCUGCCAAAGAUACCCGAGAUUAGACACCUGUCCCUAGAUGAGAACAACAUUGAGACUCUACAUGGGCUAUCAGACCUGAGGCACACUCCAUUAGAAUCUCUUGUACUCAAGAGGAACCCCUGUGAGUUUCAUGAAAACUACAGGCAGCUUGUGUUCUCCAAUUUGCCAAAGUUGAAAAUGCUGGAUGGGAUCCUGAAACUGCCAGAGGACUGUCCUCCACUAGAAACCAAUUUUCUGUCUAAAAUAUGCACCAUACUAUAGCAUUAUAUUUUGUGAUGGAACUGAAGGAAUUGCCAUGAUUCACGGAAUA